AUGAGCUUUAUAGAAAACCAGUACAUUCAAGUUGAUGCUUUUAGAAUGAGCGAGUCGAGCUACACCUCUUCAGAAGAAGGCUGCGGCGGUGGUGAGCGCCACGCUGUACUGAGUUACGAACAAGUACGAAGACUUAACGACGUUAUGGACGAAGUGGUCGCGAUACACGGUCGGGGCAACUUCCCGACUCUUCACGUUCGGCUGCGAGAGCUAGUGGCGGGCGUGAGGGCUCGCCUCGAAGCCGCUCAGACUGAGGGCGGUGCGGGUGUCGCAGUGCGAGACGUACGCCUUAAUGGCGGGGCUGCCAGCUAUGUGCUCGCCGAUCGCCCCCAACCUUACUCCGAUAUAGACCUUAUUUUCACCGCAGAGCUGCCCACUGCUCGUCACUGCGAUCGCGUUAAAGCGGCAGUGCUCGGACAUCUUUCCACUUUACUCCCGGCUGCGACCCCUCGCCGGCGCGUUACCCCGGCUGGGUUGAAGGAAGCGUAUGUUUCCAAAAUGGUCCGAGUAAACUCAGACGGUGACCGCUGGUCGCUAAUAUCACUCGGCAACUCACGCGGUCACAAGUCGGUUGAAUUAAAGUUCGUUGACACGAUGCGUCGACAGUUCGAAUUCUCCGUGGAUUCAUUCCAAAUUGCCUUGGACUCGCUACUCGCGUUUCACGAGUGCGCCCAGCUGCCCAUCGGAGAAAACUUCUACCCGACUGUCGUCGGUGAAUCCGUGUACGGAGACUUCAGCGAGGCGCUCCUGCAUUUAUCGGAGAAACUUAUUGCCACGCGGCAACCUGAAGAAAUACGCGGUGGCGGUCUUCUUAAGUACUGCUCCCUGCUGGCCAAAGGGUACAGGCCAGCCCGACCGGAUAAGAUCAAAAUCCUCGAACGCUACAUGUGCUCAAGAUUCUUCAUAGAUUUCCCGGAGCUCGGGCAACAGCGUGCCAAGCUCGAGGCUUACUUACGAAACCACUUUGUCGGCCGAGAGGAGGAGACGCUAAAGCACAGGUACUUGACGCUGCUGCACGGCGUGGUGCGCGAGUCGACGGUUUGCCUGAUGGGCCACGAGCGACGGCAAACGCUGGCGCUCAUCGAGGGGCUGGCGUGCCGCGAGCUGUGCGCGCGCACACCGCUGCUGCUGCCGGUGCAGCACGGGCUGCCGCAACUGCAGCCCGUGCUGCACGUGCAGCAGCACGGCUACUACGUGUGCGUGUGCGCCUGCGCGGCGUGCGCGGCGUGCGCGGCGUGCGCGUGCUGCGACUGCUGCCGGCCGGCGCUGUGCCCGGCGUGACCGCAGCGGCCGCUCCGAUAUGAAUUUAGUGCCAAAUGUAUAUAGAGGUUUGUUUAUGUUCGAUUGUAUAUAAUGUGAAAGCGCUUCGUUAACUUUCGAUCCGUGCGACCGAGGCGCUCUGCGUCAAUUCGAUGUUGCUCACUCUACUUUGAUCAAUUUUCGUCAAUUCGCGAUUCGGUUAGCCCGCGGUCGAAAAUCGCAAGAUCCACUUCGGCUGGGGACUGACAGGGUGUAGGGUCGAGUCGUGAGGUAAUUUCUAGUCGUACUCCUUGCGUGUUGAUACGUUAAUAUGUUAGCAGUACGAAAAUUAUUUCCACGGGACAGUGUGCGACGUCAGAAUGUAGAGCCGAGUCGGUGGUCUGCCUUUAAAAAGACUAGUUAGUUAUUUUUAAGCUUCGUAUGUAAAAAUUGUUUCCAUAAUGUAGUGGCAUGUCUCUCUCGAACAGAACCGCGGCGAUAUAAAAGACACACGGAUCACGACAAAUGUGAGCGCAGACGUUAUCAGAUAUGUACAGAUUACAAAAGAUUUUGUCGAUAUAUUAAAAAAAAAUUUAAAAUCCAGUCCUAUAAAAUGGCCUUUAAAAAAAUAAAGUGUAUAAUAAUUAGAUGCGGAGCUACGAACGCGUGGACCGCUUCGAACAAUAUCGUUACAUAGGUCAGAAUGUUCCGUUGCUCGGUAUGAUAAAACUGAAAAUAUUAACUAUUUUACUAUCGUAUUUAUUAAUCUGAAAAUUGUAUGUAUACACUGUUUCGUGAUUGCUCUAGUAUUGUAUACGGCUUAGCGUAAGAGUAACAAACUAAGAUAAAUGUUAAUGA